AUCGUGAAGAUCACAUGUGAAGAAGAGUCUGGUUUACGAGCAGCAGGAUCUCAGUUAUUGUUGAGAGCUGGACUUUGCUGUGCUUUCGUGGACCGUUAUUCCGGAAGUUUUUUUUAAACGCUGAACAUUCAGGAUUUCAUCGCUUCUGGUCUCUUGACCGGUUCCAUCAGACNUUCAUGAUGAGCAUGUCUCAGACUAUGGAGACAGAGGAGGACCUGCUGACAUGUCUCCACAUAAAGUUCUACCACCCUCUGCAGAUCUCUAAAGACCUUUAUGGUUUACUCCCAGUGGGGACCAGGAGGAGACACUCAGCGGAUGAUCCAGUCAGACUGGGCCGGGACACCCAGUCCUGCUCCUACUCCCUGGUUGACCCGCGGGUGUCCCGCAAACAGCUGGCCCUUAUCGCCUACCGUCUGCCCCAGAACCCAGACCUGCUGUUCUCCAUCCAGAACCUGAGCCAGAGAGGGAGACUUUGUGUGAACAGCUCAGCUCUGGGAUUCCUGGAGAGGAUGGAUCUCCCCGACAAGGCUCUGAUCCGGUUUGGGGAAUAUGAGAUGCUGAUCCUGCGUGAGUCUGGGGAGGCCAAAGCCAGCUUUGAGGUGGACUUUGAUGUGCUGGCGGUGCCUCCAUCCAGAGAGACGUGCAGCUGUGGUCCUGUUUCCACACCAGUGAUGGACACGGGUUUAAUGAACCACAUCACAGCUGAGAUCAGAGGACUUGGACCCCAAGAGACCGAUGAGACCCUGAUCUGUCACUCAUAACAAAGAAUAACUUCUACAGUUUCAUUCCAAAACUGAACUUGAGGACAGAAACGUGUGUAUUUUCAUUCCAUUUAGGUUCAGACAAGCUGACAUCCAUCUUCUGUCAUGGCUGCAUCAAGCAAAAAAUCUGCGUCUUGUUUUCCUAACAGUUUCUCUUCGUACCGACUGACAUUUUAGAUAGUUUUCAAUAAAAAGUCUCAAAGAAACCC